UCCAGGUCCAUGUUAUACUGUUGCAUCUGUCUCGUGACUGCUAUAGCUACCAGUGAAGCUAACCAGGAAGUAAAGGAGGAAGGAGGGAGGAGGGAGAAAGGAGAAAAAAAAGACAGCGGCGGUUUGCACGUCCUGGAGCUCCACACUCACUCACUCACUCUGCUCGCGCUAAGUUGUAGCUCCGAUCUUCAGGUGACCUGCAGAGCUUUAGCUUCACGCGAGACGCAUCUGACCGUCUGUGCAAGCAGCGAGCAACGAUCAGUUGACUGUUGCCUCCCCGCGUGUGUGUGUGCGCGCGUGUGAGUGUGUGUUUUUUAUAAUAAGAUUGAAGAUGGCGACCAGCUCGGAGCGCAGUCCCCCUCCUUUCCCCGACUCAGAGGACCAAGAUGUGCUGGAAGAAGUCGGAGGCCGAGACAGUGACGAAGACGACGACGAAGUGGACGACCUCUUCAUGAGCACAAGCAACCCUCCACUGACCAAAAUGGACACCCCACUGCCACCUGCCAGUCAUCCCAGCGAUGUUUUAAUGAAGUCUCCCAGUGACAUCAUGGAUGAUCCCAUAAUCGAGCCCGUCGGCAGCCAAGCGGAAAUCAAGCCAACGAGCGAAGUCGUCAGCGAACCCUCGGAUGACUUUGUCGACCUCACAAACAACAUAACCGACUCUCCUGAAGCUGAAAGUGCCGUCGCAGACGCUGCUAUAGACACAACUGAAAUCCCUCUAGAUGAACCCUCGGAUGAGUUUGUUGACAUAUUUGGAGGUGAAAGUGAAGCUCGGCGAGAGGAAGUCGUCGUGGUGGCGGAUGUAACCGUUGAAGCAGCAGCAGCAGAUAAAAGUGAAGUGACCAGCGACAUGAGGGAUCCACCCGACGAUGGGAAAACAGGAAGUGAUGAUGAACAGGAAGCAAAAGAAACGUCCACUGAUUCCAUUAUCGACCUCAGUGACGAUUUGCCAGCCAGUGAGAUGCCACAGCCACCACCUGCCAGCCACACAUUCGUUGACCCUCUGGUUGACUUCCUGAGUGAUGCUCCACCCGCUGCUGAUGCCAAAAUACCCAGCCGGGCAACAGUCGAUCUGUUCGAAGACGAGGGAAACGACUUGUUCACGGAACCACGGCAGACCAAAUCUGCCAAGCAGCUGCAGAAAAGCCUCUUCGGCGAACGGGACGAGGAUCUGUUCGGUGAGCCGCUGGGUGCCGCUUCAAAGAAACCCGUCAGCAGAGAGCUGAAGAGCAAACCCGUCACAACCAAAGCUGCCAGUGACGUUAGCGACACAGGCGGUCCUCUGCAAGACAAUGAUCCUGCUGACAUCUUCUCCGAGGAGGCCGUCACCACAGUGCCCAGCAUCAAAAAGACCAGCACGGUCAACUCCAAGACUAACGGAGUCCACUCUGAAGAGGAGACCGAUAUAUUUGCUGAAGCCACGGUGGAGCUUUCUCUGGACAGUCCGCGGGACGAGAGAAUGAAAGAUGAGUCGACCAAACCGUCUGCGUCCGCCCCCUCCGUGUCGGCAGCUGCCAGCCUGGCCAAGCCCCAGUCUGCUUCCCUGGAGGAGUUGGAUGAAGAGGAAGAAGAAGAGCAGGGAGACAAAUUUGAGAUCGCUAUCUCUGUCAAAGAUCCUGAAAAAAUAGGGGAUGGGAUGAACGCCUACAUGGCCUACAAAGUAACCACACAGACCCCACUGCCCAUGUUCCGCAACAAGACAUUUACAGUGAGGCGACGCUUCAGCGACUUCCUCGGCCUCUAUGAGAAGCUGUCCGAAAAGCAUGGACCAAAUGGAUUCAUCGUGCCUCCGCCACCAGAGAAGAGCAUUCUGGGUAUGACGAAGAUGAAGGUGGGAAAGGAAGAUUCCUCAUCUGCAGACUUUGUUGAGAGAAGAAGAGCCGCUUUGGAGAGAUAUCUCCAGAGGGUCGUAAAUCACCCGUCACUUCUCCAAGAUCCGGAUGUCCGAGAGUUCCUGGAGAGAGAGGAAUUGCCCAGAGCAGUGAGCACCCAGGCUCUGAGCGGCGCCGGCUUCCUGAAGAUGAUCAACAAGGCAACAGAUGCUGUCAGUAAAAUGACCAUCAAGAUGAAUGAGUCAGACGUGUGGUUUGAAGAGAAGCUGCAGGAGGUGGAGUCUGCAGACCAGCAGUUCAGGAAGCUCCACACGAUGGUUGAAUCUCUGGUCGUCCACAGGAAAGAAUUGUCAUUAAACACCGCCAGUUUUGCCAAAAGCACGGCCAUGCUGGGCAGCGCAGAGGACAACACCGCGCUGUCCCGAGCACUCUCUCAGCUGGCAGAGGUGGAGGACAAGAUGGAGCAGUUACACCAGGAACAGGCCACAAACGACACUUUCAGCUUUGCCGAACUCAUCGCAGAUUACAUCCGCCUGCUUGGAGCCGUGAGGGGCUCGUUUGAUCACCGGAUGAAGGCGUGGCAGCGCUGGCAGGAUGCUCAGACCGUGCUGCAGAAGAAGAGGGAGACUGAGGCCAAACUGCUGUGGGCCAACAAGCCCGACAAGCUGCAGCUGGCCAAAGAGGAGAUCGCCGAGUGGGAGGUUAAGGUGACGCAGUAUGAGAGAGACUUUGACAGAGUUUCUGCCACCGUGCGCAAAGAAGUCAGCCGCUUUGACAAAGAAAAGGCCAGGAACUUCAAAAGAGAGAUCAUUAACUACUUGGAGUGUCUGCUUCACUCUCAGCAACAGCUCAUAAAGUACUGGGACGCUUUCUUACCAGAAGCAAAAGCAAUCGCCUAAUCCUCGAGCACCGGCCGUGUGGACGACUAAACAGGCUGCCUUUUUCUUAUACACUUUACCUCUUGCCUUUAAACCAAGGAAAAUGCGCGCGUUGUAAAGGGAGAUACAAUCAACCUGUUGUUUUUUUUUUAAUCACCUUUAACAUAUAGCUCUGUACUCUAUUGUAUUAAUAAUUGUAUAUUUUCAUUUAACCUUCCACAAAUAUUUUCUUAAUAGAUGAAAAGAGUUUGCAUAUACAAAGAUAUGGACGCAGGAAAAGAGAGAGAAUAGAUGACUGAUUCCGGGAAAUGAACCGAGUCCGUAGUUCUCAGGAUUCUCUCCGUCGUGUGAUCGGAGCUCCGUCACAUCAGCUGUGGUUAAUUGUUUACAGCGCGGCUGCUCGCUCAUCAAAUAGUUCUGGGGACCCAGAUGAAGAAAGUGGCCAAGAGUCUCACUAUGUCUUUUUUUGUUUUUUACGACUCCAAGGGAUAAAAUAACAAUUAAAAAAAAAAAUAAAUAAAUAAUAAAUUAUGAGCACUUCCACCAGGUGGAUCACGUACUUAAGUACCAGCCAUGUUGUUUUUUUUGUUUCAGAUUUAAAAUACUAUUGAUGCUGAAGGGGGGUGUGCAGGGUAUUGAGAGGCAUUAGAUGAGGCUACAGCUGUGGUCGAGGGUUGCAUUGUAGGUCAAAGCUUGUGAGUUUAAUGUUUUAGAUAUGAUUUCAAUCAUAGUGCAAACUUUACUCUUAUAACCACACAUGUCUGUGCCUUUUUAAGUCAGAAUGGUGUUUUUGGUAUAAUCCAGUUUGGGAGGAAGUUGUGCAGAAGCUUGAUUAAGCAUUACUUCAACAACUGCCAUAACGAUAUGAGUGUCAAUGCUGGGGUUGAAGAACAAUUCUGGUGUUUUCAUGUUAAGGCCCAUUUACUACAAAUUACGUUUUGUUUUUCUAUAUAUUCCUGCGUAUAACUCUGGAAAGUAGCGCAUUCAAAAAGAAAACAACUUUCCAGACAGGUUAUUGUAUGAAAAUCAACCUGCACAGACUUGAAACUGUUAGCAUCAUGUCCGAGUCUGCUUCUAGUGCGUCAUUGUUGUGUGAUAAUGCAGUAUAGUAAGUGUCAGUUGACACCUUUUUAAGCAACAAUGACUUCCUUUAGGAUAAAUACAGUAAAUGCUGACAUGUCCACUGUAUGGAGUAGCAUUCCCAAGCAGGUUUCAAGUCUCUGCAGUACAUUUUCAUGCUGCGGAAGUGAAAUGAAUGGAAAGCAAAAGCUGCCUGGAUUAUAGGGUUCUGAAUUCUGCUUUAAGCUGUGGUUGGCAGUAAUAUAAGGGUUGCAAAUAAAAAAAAUAUCUCCGUUAUGCGUUACACUCUCCAAAAAUUUUUUUAUUGUUUAUUCUAUAAAAUGACACAAAAUAAUAAAAAAAAAUGUUUCAGAGAGCCCAAGAAGACAUCUUGAAAUAGUUCUAUCUGACUAACGAUUAGGUUAUUCUUUUCAUGUUAAAGGUACCCUGUGGAGUUUCUGACCAGUGAUGGAUGUAUGGAGCAGUUUUUGUGAAGUUUGGGUCCCUAUUUUCAUACUAUUUCACAUGGCGCGAUACAGUCCUGCAGAUUGUUACACCUUUUUCCGCUGAUCAACAGUUGGUGGCAGUGACGUGCCGAGAAACGCAGCAAUGUGCCAACUAAGGCGAGGAAUACAAAUACUGCCAGAUUGUAAACAUAGAUACAAACUGUCGAUUUCAAAUUCCUCCACACAUGCACACCAAAAAAAAGGAAAUAAGAUACUUAAUGCACUUUGUUUGAGAAACUGUGGAUGUACAUACAGUUUGUGCAAGAAGUCAACAGGGUACCUUUAAGUUACAGUGAUAGAGCAGAUAAGACGCAGAUCCUCACAUUCGAGGAACUGGAACCAGCAGCUGUUGGGCAUUUUUGCACGACAAAUUAUAAUCAUCAAAAUUUUAUGUUGAUUUAUUGUGUGUUGAUCCCGUAUUAAUUUCAGCACUAAAUAAUAGUGUGUGUGGUAAAUGGGCAACAACAUGCUAAAAACAACUUGCUGUUGACUUGUAGACAUGAGGUUAAUGUCAAAUACUAAAGAUGUCAUGAUGAACCUGAAGCCUUGGUCUGCAGUUUGACAAGUUUUGAGUGUUCACAUCAAGCGGGAACAAACCCGUCGCAUGUGGCACGGCUGCCAUCUUUUGAUUACAGCUUUAAUUUCACGUUUGCACACACCUGAGGUUGUGUAGUGACAAGCUACACUUUCGUGUAGGCACCUGGUAAUAUGCAGACUUUUUUUUUUUUUUUUUGUUUUGAUCAUUAGAUCACAUUUUUCGACUGUUAUACAGCACUCAGAUAAAACUGGUUGUUUGUGGGGCCUCGUACUGUAUGUCAUCACUUGUCAAUGUGCAGAGCAAUGUCAGCACUGUGUCAGAAAUUACUUUCAAAUCAAUAAAAGUUGCACUGUUUACACUUGGAAAUUCCAUUAAGAA